AACGCGUAUAAACAAAAACAUAAUUUCCAUCGUAUUUCCAUAAACAUUGCAAAAAUCCUUUACUUAAACAUGUCAGACGAGGAAGAUGAUUAUAUGUCCGAUAAGUUUUUAGCCGGAUUGCAAGAUGUGCGACCCAGUCUGGUAAAAAGUCGUGCAAAAAAGCGACAAAUUCAGGUGGAAGUCAAACAUAAGGAGCACAAUAAAAAACAAAAAGAACUAAAGCAACUUACAUCGGCUGCAGUAGAUAAUGACAGACUACAGGCUGCCUUAAGCAAGCCGUUGGCGCAGGAAAAUAAGGGAUUUAAACUGUUGUCAAAAAUGGGCUACAAACCGGGACAAGCUUUGGGCAAACCUUUAAAAAAUGACGAAACUUCCAGCUCAAGUUCAAUGCCAAUUCGUUUGUUAGAACCCAUAGGUAUUACAGUUAAAACCGAUCGUCAAGGUUUGGGUAGAGAAGCAGCACUGCAAGAAUUGAACGAGAGACGUAAGAAAAUACACCAAGAACGCAUUAGAAAAAUAAUGGAAGGUGAAGAAACAAGUAUUGAGGACUUUCGUCGCAGAACAAAUCAAAAACAUGAAGACAAAUUUGUGCUUAAUGCUUUAAGACGCUGUCAAGUGACUUGUGAAAAUUUGGAUGUAGAAUCGAAACUGGAGCAACCAGAAAUGCCAUGGUUUUGGCCUGAACGAAUCAAAGAAACAGAUGAAGAGGACACUAAAGACGAACAAGAAACUGGAGAGGAGACUAAUGAGGCAGAACAAGACAAUGAGGAGGCGGAAGAGUUUUCUAAUCAAGAAAAAUUAGAAAUGUUGACCAAUUAUGUGCGUACCUCAUAUAUAUUUUGCUAUUGGUGUGGCGUACGUUACAAUGAUGAGCAAGACUUAAGUGAAAAUUGUCCAGGUUUAACUAAGGACGAUCAUUAAACUGCUUUAAAAAAGAUAAUC